UUCUCUGCUCAGCUAAUGCUAACAACGCUAGUGCUAACCGAACGUGAACAACAUCUGAAGCAGCAGGAGGAGAAGCAGCUCACCAAGAAGUCUCUCAACGCUACGAGAAAGAGGGUUAACAUGCUGGCUUCUGUCGUGGCGAAGAGGCUGGUGACCGGUAUGUGCCAGGCGGCUUGGAGAUCGGCAGCCACAGGGCUGGUAUCAUCUCGUGGUUACCGUGGAGAAUCGCCAGAUGACACCAGGGGAGACCUGAUUGAGAUCCCUCUACCUCCUUGGGAGGAGAGGCCCGGCGAGCCUGCUGACAUCAAGAAGCGACGCCUGCUGUAUGAGAGUCGCAAGAGGGGCAUGCUGGAGAACUGUAUUUUGCUCAGCCUUUUUGCAAAGCAAUACCUGAACACAAUGAGCGACACCCAGCUGCUGCAGUAUGACAGACUGAUUAAUGAACCGAGCAAUGACUGGGACAUCUACUACUGGGCAACAGAAGCUCAGCCCACCCCUGACGUUUACCAAGGAGAGGUCAUGGAUAUGCUGAAGGAGUUCACAAAGAACCGCAACCAAGAACAGAGGUUAAAUGCACCCAACUUGGAGUACCUGGAUAAGGAAAGCCAAUGAGGUCCUUUAGACCUUCUCAGAGACUCGUUUUGGGUGGGACACGAGGGGAAAUAUCAGUCAUCAUCACAACCCACCAGAAAAACCCUUCAGAGGUCAGCUGUUGCCAUCUGUUUCCUCUGCCAACUCCAGUCGGUCAUUAUAAGGAGAAGAAAAUACGUGGAAGCUGACGGAAGUCUGUGGAUCGAGAAAAGAUUGAUGCAACACAAUAUUAGGAAGGUGCUCUGAAUAAUUGUACUGUACAUUUCUGAUUAAAGCCUGUACAUUAAAAGUGCUGAAUGUGUGAGAUGCAUACUGAAUAAGACAGCUGUGAUGAAUAGAUACAAGCUGAUAAUCUGUUUCUACACCAGCCAGUUAAACAGAAAGACUCACUCAUUAGUGUAGCUUAUUGAAUUGUUAUGUUCUGUUCAAUGAUUUUACUGCAGAUAUUACAGACAUUAUGGGUUAUUUAAUAAAUGUUAAUGCUCUACUGUC